AUGAAAUUCACAACGACUUUUUUACUUGUCGUAGGCAUAAUAUCUAGUGCAGUCAAUGCAAACAUUGCUCUCACUUCUCCUUAUACUUCUAUUACAUGGCAAGCGAACAAAAAAUACGUGGUAACAUGGGAAGACAAUGGACAAGAGCCAUUACUUAAAAAAUUGGGUACGGUCAAUGUUGAUUUGGUCACUGGAUCUGACGGAAAUUAUAUUUUAGUAAAAAACAUCGCAAAUGUGAAAGCUACUCAAAAGAAGACUCCAAGCUGGGAAGUUCCAAAAGAAUUAGGACCUCCAGGAGCUUAUUAUUUUAUUAGAACUACGUCGGGUGAUAAUUUAUCUUUCUCUGGAAAAUUCGAUAUUCAAGGAAUCACAGGAACUAUUCCAGGAUUUACUCCUACAGACACCACAAACAGCUUUGUUAGUAUCGCGUUACAGUAUUUAUAG